AUAUACAUCAUAUACUGCAUGUCAUUCUACUGAACUGCAUUUGAUUUUUUGUUUUGUUUUGAAAUCACAUCUGAUGUUGGAAUGUCUAAUGUAAAUUACAUCUCAUACAGUGAUUCUGUGGUUAAGUUAAAUACAGCUGAAUGGUAUUGAGGCAGUGAUUCUUCGUAAAUGGGCUCCCACUAGUGGUAUGUGAAAGAAAUCACUCAUUUAAACGUUCAAACUGUCCUUAUUGCAGUGUUAAUGUUCAAACUGUGCAUAAUGUUAUGUAAUGUAGCUUACUACAAUAGUAAACACACUUUAUAGGGAUGUUUAAUACAACUUUUCUUUUUUUUUUUUUUUUUACCCAGACCAAUGCUUGAGUACUCACCGAUUCUUAGUACCAAUACCACUAGUAGUUUUGAUACAUACAAUUUUAAUUAACACAAUGACAGAUAAUUGUAAACAACGACUUGUUUUUCUUUCUGGCGCGUGAUGAUUCGCCGAUGUAUCAAAUCGCCGCAGUGUAGCGCCAACUAGUGGCGAGGAUGACUUACUCAACAUCAGAUUUGUUUUGCCUUUAAUAUCGGUGGCUGGUAUCGGCAGCCUUCACGAGUACCCAGUACAUUGAAGUAAGGCCCGCACUGAUGCUUGGAAUGGGUACUUGCUCCUACCUACUUUUUAAGACUAAAACCUGUCGGCCUACUACCUACUGUAUUUCAAUGUUGGUCAUGAUGGUGGCACUCGGAGAGCUCAGUGUGUUUUUUUUUUGUAAGGUGGAACCACUGAUCUCAUAAAUAAUAUCAAGUUAGUUAGGAGUAUCCUGUCCCCCUUUUUGACUGUCUUUGUCAAUCCAAGCGGAGCAUGUGUAAACCUUCCUACUGUGACAUUUAGGGUCUACGUAUAUUGUCGAAGGCAAAAAUGAGGCAGCGUGCAGGAGCAGGAGUUUUGCAUGUGGCCUAUAACGUCCAUGUUGUCUCACGUCCAGCAGAGCGUGCCCUUUUUCAAGAUCCGACAGAAAAUCUCUUGAAAGACAACAAAGGAGCAUCCUGGGGUCCAUUAAAUACGGGAGCCCAAAAAGGCAGCGGUCAGAUCCAAUUGUGGCAGUUCCUGCUGGAGCUGCUGUCGGACGGCAGCAACGUGUCGUGCAUCGCGUGGGAGGGCACCAACGGCGAGUUCAAGCUCACCGACCCGGACGAGGUGGCCCGGCGCUGGGGCGAGCGCAAGAGCAAGCCCAACAUGAACUACGACAAGCUCAGCCGGGCGCUGCGCUACUACUACGACAAGAACAUCAUGACCAAAGUGCACGGCAAGCGCUACGCCUACAAGUUCGACUUCCACGGCCUGGCCCAAGUGUGCCAGCCGUCGUCGUGCACGGAGCAGGCCAUCUACAAGUUCCAGGGCAACUUCUCGCCCUGCAUCCCCUUCUCGGGCAUUUCCAAACUCAACCUGCACGUGGCGCCCGCCGUGCACGGGCCCACGGGCUUCUCCUACUGGGCCGGCUCGCCGUCGGCGGCCGCCCUCUACCACCACCACCACCACCACCACCACCGCCACAACCUGCAGCCCCCCGCCGGACCCUUCGCCACGGUGUCCCCCAGCCACAUCGACAUCAAUAAUCAGUACAACUGACGUCCUUCAACGAGCGAGAAGGCCGAGCGCCGAUGUGACGUCACGCAGGUCAAGGGCGCACCCUUGGAAUCGAGAACGCGUCAUGUGCAUUACAUCACCCUGUCAAAUUUGGGAUAAUCCCAAUCAAAUAUUCGUAGUUUAUCUCACCCGACAUUAAAACGCAGCGACUUUAUAUUCUUGAAAAACGACGUUCGACUAUAUUUCACCUGGAAGCCGCUGUAACAUAUAUGCAUUGUUUGAACAAUGAACAAGAAGAGAGAGGGAAAAAAAACCACACAAUAACUUAAAUGUAGUGCACCUCAGUUAAAUGCAUAAAUCAAAACACGUGUAGAAGGUUAAAUGCAAACGUAUUGACUGUCCAUAUCGUCACUGCAACAUGAUGCACACUUUGAACAUUAAAACUCAUUUACAUAGGAAAAUAAAUAAAUACUUAAUAGAUAGAUAGAUCGAUAGAUCGAUAGAUACGGUUGAAAGAUUCAAUGCGAAAUUAUUGUGCUUAAAAGUCCAAUACAACUGAACUGGGCGAAACAAAUGUACUGCACUGGAUUUAAAAAAAAAAAAAACAAAAAAAAACAUUUAAGACACUAUGACAUUAUGCACAUUUGGAAUGUUAACGCCAGAGGGAAAUGAAAACCUGUAAUGACGUCAUGAUUCAGUUCAAAUGCAUUGCGCAUAUUGACAUCAAUGUUGAAAAACAAACAGCUGUGGAAGAUUGGAUUCAAAUGUAUCGCACUUCAAAGUGCAAUAGAACUGAACUGUGACCACCAUGUCAAAUUAAACUCAAAAUUCACACCACUUCUCAUUAUUAAAAUCAUUUAUUUCCUAUUAUAAAAUGUAGAACCUCAAAAUAAUUAAAUCAUUAGCAUUAUUAUUAUCAUUGACUUUUUAAUUGUACACUUUUACAAAAAAAGAGGUCAAGCAACGUAUUUCUCAAGGUGACAAAUUAUACUGCAGUUAUUUGCUUUCUUGUGAUUUUUUAUUUUUUUUUAAACAGAAAGAAGAAUUUGAUUUCCUGAUUGGUCAUUUCUGGUUUUCGUGUGAGCAAUUCUCAAAUUGGGGUUUCAAAUGUAGGCCCAUUCAAAAUUCUCAAUUUUGCAGAUCAAAGGUCAAUUCCGUUUGCCCUUUGAAAUUCCUCUUUCAAGAGUCUGCGUUGAAGUACUUCAUGAUGCCCCGAUGGUCUCAGAGUUCGAACCAAUUCGUUAAGCACUAAGAAACGCCCUAGUUUACAACUUCAGUCGAGAAAAGUUGCGAAUGCAUGACUUAGACAUACCUUAUUAAUCCUUAUUGGGAGAUUCCAGAAGGGUUAAUGUCAGAACUGAUCACGUCCACAAAAAGGGAUUGUUUGUUGAACAGAUACUAAGGUGGUCUGAAAGGACAAUAUUUUUGUUGUUUGUUUCAUACCUGUAUCUGUAUGUUUAUCAGUGCAAAUUCAAUUCAGAUGAUUUACUGGGCUGCAUUAUUAGACUACUGGCGCCAUCGUGCGGCCAAUCAUUGACAGUAAACGCCUGAUGUAUGUAAUCGUGCAGCGGUCCUCGGUUUACGACGGAGUUGCGUUCCUACUGGGGCGACGUAACCCGAAUUUGGACGUAGGCCCCAAAUAUGAGAUGAUCAAAUGAGAAACAGUAAGUACGGCGUGACCUCAGCUGGCGUUCUUACACUGCGUGGCCGUUCGUAAGUCGAAAGACGUUCGUACGUCGAUACACUUGAACGCCACUUGUAUGUUUAUUACUGCACGUGGUUGUAGUUUGCUGUAGUUUAGAACUACACUGCUGACAUUAAUUGAUAGUCAUUUAAUAUGUGUUUGAAUCUUACUAAUACAGAAUGUAAUAAUUACUAGAAGUCAUGCAGGUACGCGUCAUGAUGAUGAGUACAACUAGCGCUACUAAUUACAGUACAAUACACCACUGCAAAAUACAAAUAACUGUCCAUACAAGCAUUGUGAACUGUUGGCAGACUUCAUGCAGGUAUGCCUAAUGUUGUGGCUGGUAAAAAAACAACAACAACAACAACAGUAACAACAAAACAAAUGAUUAUUAUUAAUUAAAUACGAAUUGUAAUAAUUUUCUUCCUUUUCUUGUUCCCCCCCACCCCCAUUAUUGUCAUUGCAAAGCGAGGCAUGUCAGAAAAAAUGUUUUAUUGUAGUUUUUUAUUUCAAUGUUACUUUUUAAUUAGAUUCUUUAUUUGUUUUGAUUUUAUUCAUGUAUUUACUUAUUUUUUCACUUGUACAUUUGAAUUCAUAUUUUUAAAUUAUUUUUAUCUUUAUUACUUUAUUACUCAUAUAAUAAUACGACUUUUCCUCUUUUCUUAUUUUCCUAUUGUUACUGAAAAAGAAAGCAAUGUGUCACG